CGUAUGAAUGAUCGCCGAAUGUAACUUGAUCCUUGUAUGGGGCGACCAAACCUACGCAGUCUCCACGCAAACAGAUUAAAUCUGCGCUCUACCUCAGGUACUGCCUCAUUUUAUUCCAAGAAACAUUUAAUUUUAAUACACAGCGACUGGGAGAAAACGAAGCGUUAUUCCGCGAGAAGCUGUAGCUACAGGAUCACCAUGGUGGACUAUGAAUACUAUGACCAUGACAAUGGCAGCGACAAUUUCAGCUAUGAGGACUAUCACACAGUGUGCGUGAAGGAGGAUGUGCGUUCCUUUGCCAGAGUCUUCCUGCCCGUCAUUUAUUCUCUAGCGCUGGUGGUCGGGCUGGCAGGAAACGCAGCGGUGGUGGCCAUCUACGCGUACUACAAGAAGCUGAAGACCAUGACAGACGUGUUUAUCCUGAACCUGGCGGUGGCUGACCUCCUGCUGCUGUUCACGCUGCCCUUCUGGGCGGCCAAUGCCGUGGUUGGCUGGGAGCUGGGCGUGGCCAUGUGCAAAGUCACCUCGUCCCUCUACGUCACCAACUUCAGCUGCGGCAUGCUCUUUCUGGCCUGCAUCAGCGUGGACCGCUACCUGGCUAUCUUCCACAGCAGUCCUGGCCGCACCCUUCAACGACGGACCUACCUUAGGGUGUGCUUGGGGGUGUGGGCCCUGGCAUUCAUCCUGGGCAUCCCGGAUGUGGUCCUCUCUACAGUCCGGCAUAUGCCCAGCAGAAAGGUCUGCAUGCCUGUCUACCCACCAAGCAUGGCCCAGUCCACCAAAGCCUCCUUGGAGAUUCUGGAAGUCCUCCUCAGCUUUCUCCUGCCCUUCCUAGUCAUGGUGCUAUGCUACACCCGGGUGGUCAUGGCCCUGCUUAGGACCCCAGAAGCACGCUUGGGGAAGAAGUGGAGGGCCUUCAAGGUGCUCCUGGCAGUAGUGGGGGCCUUCAUCAUCACCCAGCUGCCGUACAACGCUGUCAAAUUCUGCCGAGCCAUGGAUGUCAUCUAUUCCUUGGUGGUCCACUGCGAGACGAGCAAGAGGCUGGACCGAGCCAUGCAGGUAACUGAGGGCCUGGCGCUGACACACAGCUGUCUGAACCCCGUGCUCUAUGCCUUCGUUGGAGCCUCCUUCAGCCAGCACCUCCUGCGGUUCGUCAAGGGCUUUGGCGAGCGCAGAAGGAGGAGGCAGCAGGAGCAGGAACCAGCACCUGUUGAGAUCUCGCUAAACUCCCAUAGCACUUCUGAGGACACCAGCACCUUCUCCAUCUGAGGCAGAGCAGAUGAAGCUUCUACAGGUGCUUCCAGCACAUCGCUUACCACUGUGCACCUUGACCCAUGAAAAUGUACCACCUGUUAUAUAGCUUGAUAUCAUUUCUGUUUACAUUCUUAUAUAUUGUUUACAUUCUUAUUUUCUAAUAUAAAUCACAAAAAUGUCAGUAAUUGAAUGUGGACAGCGGCAGGGACAGACACGGGAAAUGUGGACAGCGGCAGGGACAGACACGGGAAAUGUGGACAGCGGCAGGGACAGACAUGGGAAAUGUGGACAGCGGCAGGGACAGACAUGGGAAAUGUGGACAGCGGCAGGGACAGACACGGGAAAUGUGGACAGCAGCAGGGACAGACAAGGGAAAUGUGGACAGCAGCAGGGACAGACACGGGGAAUGUGGACAGGGGCAGGGACAGGGAAUGUGGACAGGGGCAGGGAAUGUGGACAGCGGUGGGGACAGACACCAGAAAUGUGGACAGCAGCAGGGACAGACACGGGAAAUGUGGACAGCAGCAGGGACAGACAAGGGAAAUGUGGACAGUGGCGGGGACAGACACGGGGAAUGUGGACAGGGACAGGGAAUGUGGACAGGGGCAGGGACAGACACGGGAAAUGUGGACAGCGGUGGGGACAGACACCAGAAAUGUGGACAGCGGUGGGGACAGACACCGGAAACAGAGGCCCUGUUUACACUCGGUUUUAAAAUGAGUCUUGGGUAUUCAGAUCAAAAGGGAAUGGCUGAGACACAUCAGCAUUUAUACCUGUGUCUAUCAUGCAUGUCCAAGGUGUCCAGCUGAUCACUAGUGGUCAGAUUUAUUUACUGCCUGCAUUACUUCCACUAAAAGGUCAAAUGGCCUAGGGAUGCACCAAUACCGGCAUCGAGUAUUGGGCCAAUACUGCGCUCAUAUACUCGUACUCAUAAAAAUUCAUAGAUACCAAGAACCGAUACCACUUAAUUACAAAAUUAUGUUGAAACAGAAAGCCGCUGCGUUUUGUCUUUUUUUUUUUUUUGCCGUCCAAUCAGAUUUCAGAACCUAGUGAGAGAUUUGUCAACCCACAAACAUUUGGGAAGCCUAAAUGCGGAGAAUAUCAGCAGAGGAUGUCAGCAGUUAGGACGUAUAUUAAGAUAAGGGACGACGACAGAAGUAAAGCAGCCUUUAAGCUCUGUUCUGCUAAAGUCCCAAGAGGAGGAAUGGACAGCACAUCAUUUAACAGAAGACAUUUUAUCCAAUAUCUAAAGACGCAAGAUAGUGCAGAGAGUUUGCCAAUGCUAGCACAGAAAGAACGCAACAACAAACUUCACCGCAAAUUUUGGAGAAACUAGAGAAAAUGUUGAGAUAACCCACAAGCAGUAAAAAUAAGAGGCUUUUAUUCACUACAUUGCUGAGUAGGUCCUGUCGCACAGCUGGAUACAUACCUCGAAGCAGAGGCAUCGGCUUCAUGUUAACAUUGGGAGGUCGGGUAUAUUGGGAUCAGAGGUAUGACAUCAUAUCGCGUUCUAGGGUGGUUCUUUAGUCGUGCUGUAUACAGUUUUUAUACAUAGAAUUUUAUACACAUAUAUACAGAAGAUAUGUUAUUUUUAUUUGUAAACUAUUGCUGUUAUAGUUACAAUAUAUAAAGUGAAAUAUAUUUUUGCUGUUAUUCAUCUUCACUAAUAUGGUCAUUAAAGUGUGUUAAUGCCCUGCAGUAUGUAUGCUGAAUUUGCAGGAAUUAGUAAUGCUACGCACAAAUCACGAGAUUCUGCCACCCAUGUCGGGCCCUGCACUGUGGAAACACGAUCCCAACCUCUGGGUGGCGUUAUUGUGACAUGCUUGUCGGGGACGCAUCAGGACACAGUAGUGUUUACAAAAGAUAUGUGGUCAAAUGUAAGGCUAUGACUAUGGAUUAUUUCACAAAGUGGUGCGUGGCAACAGCGCUACCCACUGCAUUACUGUUCUGCCCUGACAGGCUUGCAAGAUGUUAACAUUGACAUAACAUGUCAAACGUCGCAGGCUUAUCAACCAAUCAGAUGUCUUGGUCCCGCCUCUUCUAGUCGCUUGGAUGCACCACCUCUGAACUCUGAUUGGUUAUCUCUCCAAAGUAAUCAUUUUUCCUUCAGCCAUCAGAACAUUUUUGUGCAAGUAAAACUCCCGCAAGUUUUUUGUAACCCUUAGUCGAGAGGAGUGGGAUCCAUUAAAGGUUUGUGAAUCCAGCAAAAUCAACCCACUGAUAACCUCUCAACUCUGACCUUUAAUUCAGUGCCUUGUGUCAUGCUAAUGAUUCAUCAUCCACCAAACGAGAAAAAAUAAAAAGAAAACGUUUUCUGCGUC